AUGAAACAGGUCGAACGAUGCGUUGGGUACACGAGGGGGUCGCUGCAGGUUCUGAACCAGCUGAAACUGCCUCAUGAAACCGAGUACGUGGACGUGCGAGGGGCCGAGGAUGCCUUCGACGCCAUAAAGACCAUGAUGGUGAGAGGCGCGCCUCUCAUCGCGAUCGUCGCGGCCCUCGGCCUUGCCGUGGAGGCGUGCUCGGGGGCGACGCAGAAUGGCACGGCGCAAGAGGCAUCGUCCAUGCUGCACGAGAAGCUGGACUACCUGAAGACCUCGCGGGAGACGGCGGUGAACCUUGCCAACGCCUGCGAUGCCCUCAAGACUACGAUCUCCGGAGAAGCCGCGAGGGAGGGCAGCACGUGGAGUUCCACCGUGGAGGCUUUCGUCGGGGCCGCCGAGGCCAUGCUGGAAGAGGACGUCGCCGCGAACCGCCGGCAAGGGGGUUACGCCGUCGAGGCCCUUCAGUUGGAGCCGUCGUGCAAGGGAAAGGCCCGCCUCUCGGUUCUUACGCACUGCAAUACCGGAUCCCUGGCGACCGCUGGGUUCGGGACGGCUUUGGGCGUGAUUCGAGCUCUCGACGAAAAGGGUUUGCUGGCGAGCUGCUAUUGUACGGAGACGAGGCCUUACAACCAGGGCGCUCGCCUGACGGCGUACGAGUUUGUCGCCGACGGGCUGCCCGGAACGCUUAUCCCUGAUUCCGCCGCUUCUUUCCUCAUGGCUCAAGGGGUAGCAACUUUGCGAGGUGUGAACGGUGGAUUAGUCAGCAGCGGGAAGGGAAAAAGGGAAGUUCUAGCAGGACGCUACAAGAGACUUGGAGUGCCUUCGAAGAAUGAAGCUUUUGAAAAAGUGUUUAAGAAGGAGGUGGACGCAUGGGCCCAGAAAGCAGAAGAGACAUCGAAGGCAGACGUUGGAAACGUAGAACUAGAAAAGGAGUUCACUGAGGACGAGGUUGAGGCGUGUGUGAACAAGCUGCAGUGGCACAAAGCAGCAGGAGCGGAUGGGAUCGUCAACGAGUUCAUGAAGUUUGGGGGGAAGGGGAUGGUCCAGCUGAUGGGGGAUCACACUGUUGAAAACAUGUUCUGUAAGCUGCUGAACGAUAGGAUAGUGGGAACAUUGGAGAAGGAACAUAGCAUUAGUGAGGACCAGGCAGGUUUUCGAAAGAAGAGGGGGUGCGUAGACCACGCAUUCACGCUAGGGAGAAUCAUCCAAGGUAGAAAAAUGGCGGGAAAGCCGACGUACUGCUUCUUUCUGGACGCGAAAAAGGCAUACGACACCGUAUGGAGAAAUAGGCUGUGGAAACAACUGUCCAAGCACGGAAUCAAGGGGAAAAUGUGGAGAGCACUGAAGAAGACGACAGUGGAGCUGAGAGUAAAAAUUGACGCGGCGAAGAAGUUUACUGAUAAGUGGAGAUUGUCUGCCAACGUUAAGCAGAGUGCCGUCAUGUUAUGCAACGAGGACAGGGAGGAACUAGUAGAACAUAGAUGGAAGUGGGGGAUCGAGGAGCGUGCAGUAGUUGACCAGUACACAUACCUAGGAGUAGAGAUCGCACAAGACUGCUCGUGGAAUGCACACAUGUCCAAGGUAGCGAAAAGGGCAAAGCACGAGCAGGGAAGCUUGAAAGAACUCGAGGCGGCGCAGAUGAAAGCAGCGAAAACCAUCCUAGGAUGCUCCAGGCGCACAAGUAAUGCAGCCGUGAGGGCAGAAUUGGGGAUCCAAUCCCUACGGUCGGGAAGAGACGCGAGGAAGCUGACCUGGCAGUAUCGCAUGUGCGGGAUGGGAGAGGAGAGGUUGCCGAGAAUUGUAUGGGAGGCGAAGUGGGCAAACAAAAAGAGGGGUAGACAACCCACGGAAUGGGUCAAGGUUGUAGAGGACGUAUGGAAGGGGUUCGACAUCGACGAAGAUGAAAAGCUGGAAACGGAGGAACAGAAUCUAAGGAAAGAAACCGAGGAUGAGGAGGGUCUAGUAGUGUACGGAAUGUUGAAGGAAGGAAUAGGGUUCAAGGAUGACCUACAUGGACCAAUGGAUGCAGGGACAAAGCUUAAGGUCAAAUUCAGGACCGGGGAUGGGCCUUGGAGAACGUCGGCGAAGACAAAGGACGGGAGACGACGAAGACAAGUUCAAAUGGUAGCCGCCAACGGGGACACCGCGAACAAGAUAGGCACGCUGCAGCUCGCCAUCGCGGCGGCACACUACGGCAUCCCCUUCCUUGUCGUCGCGCCGCUCACGUCCUGCGACCCCGAGGUUUGCGUGCUGAUGGGGGUGUGCUUUUCUAAUCCGGGACUCCAAGGUUGGGACUCUUUAAGUACCGCCACCGGAGGCGGCAUCAGCAUCGAAGAACGCCCGGCAUCGGAACUCAAGACUGUGGCUGGCAUCAAGAUAGCGCCGGACGGUGUCUCCGCUUGGAACCCUGCGUUCGACGUCACCCCGGCCAGGCUCAUCACCGCGAUAGUCACGGACAAAGGAUGUGUGCCUAGGAAGGAGGCGGCAGAGGACAAGGAGUUCGACGUCAAGGCGUUCUGCCAAGCGAUGUCCACCGGCGAGAGACGACCGGAUCAGCCAGCCCCCGUCCCGGAAGCCACCGCGCCCUCGGCUUCAUUAGAAAUCCCUGAGGGAUACCGCGCUCUGACCGGAGAGGGGGCGAUAGCCGAGUACCUCGCGGGCCUCCCCAAGUAA